UUGCUCAGGGCCACACGGCUGGUAAGGGAGCGAGUCUGCGUUACCGCAGAUCCUCCGCACUCCAGACCUGGCAGCUCAAUUCACUGGUCACCUCGCUACCUCAGGCGCUGCCUAGAGACAUCUUCAGGCUCAGUGCCAGGGAAACAGGCUGUCAACCUCGGGCCCCACCCUCAGGAGGCCAACAAACAGGUCCAGGUUCCGCCCCUGGGUCCUUAGGCUCCGCCCAGGCGUCAGCAUCUCUCCUCGUCGCUAUGGCAACAGUACGCGCUUUCGUACAGCCCCGCCCCCUGACAUCGUCUCUCCAGACUGUCGGCCUCCCCUCCAAGACUCCAGAACGGAGGGGAAGCUGAAGUAGUUCAGUGAGGACUACCAUUCCCGAGAUGCCACGCGCUCCAUCACUCGGACGGCGGCCCCUGACCGGCCCCGGGAAGGAGAUCCGCGCGUGCGCUAGGGGGUCGUCGCCCCUCCGCUGGAAUUUCUUCGAGAGCAUGUGCGGAAGGGGCGGGACGCUGAGGACGCGAGGCAUUGUGGGCUUGUCUCCCAGGCCGCUGGUCGGGGGGCUAGCUCGGCGCGGAGGAGGGGGCACGGGUGGAGGCGGAGGCCGCUCCUGUCUCCAUGCCCGAGGAAGGAGCCCCCCACUGCCCGGGCCCCGCCGGCGGCGCCACCAUGGGCGAGCUGGGCCUGGGCCUGGAGUUCCACACGUGGCGCCACUUCAGCAGCUUCUUUGACGACUGGUGUGAGCGGCACAAGGUGCUGUUCAUCAUCGCCAGCCUCAAGCCCCUGAUCUCCCUGCGCCAGCCCCCGCUGCCCUACCUGCCCAGCCUGGCCUCCACCCUGCGCUUCCGCUUCGUGCGCCUCAUCUGCAAGCACAGCGGCACCUACGUGGGGCAGAGCGUCGUGCAGCGGGACCAGCAGAGCCAGAAGAUCGACUGCCCGGCGCUCAUCACGCUGCGCCUGGGGCCCAAGAAGGACCGGCUGGUGGUGACAGAGGCUAAGCUGCAGCACAACCACCAGCUCUCCCCGCGCGAGUUCUCGCGCUGCUUCAAGCGCAGCCAGCUGGAGGCCAGCCUGGGGCUGCCCAUCCGCAUCACCAACAGCGUCUCCAAGCGCUUCCUGGCCCCCGACCUGGUCUGGAACCUGGAGGACUACAGCCGGGCUAAGGACAAGGGCAUGUGCCAGCUGCUCGGGGAGAUGCACGCCCUCUUCCGGGCUGACCCGGGGGCCAAAGUCAAGCUGGUCUUCCAGGAGGACGUGGCCAUCCUCAACUCCAUCUUCCUGGCCACAUCGCACAUGCGCCAGCUGGCGCGCUCCUUCCCCCGCCUCCUCUUCCUGGACCAGGCGGCCAGCCUGCCCGGGGACUUCGAGCUGUACUCUGUGCUCUGCCAGGAUGCCAACGGGCGGGGCCGCGAGGUGGCCUACUGCCUGGCCCGCAGGGGCACGCCCGACCUGCUGGUCUUCAUCGUGGCCUCGCUGGUGCAGAGUGUCCCCGAGAUCAAGACCCUGGUGGAGUGCCUCACUGUGGGCGUGGCCUGCCUGGCCGGGGUGGACGCCGUGGAGGAGGUGCUGCCCUGCGCCCGCGUGCAGGUGUGCCGCGCUCAGGUGCUGGAGGCCCUGGGGCGCCGGGCUCGGGAGCUGGCGGUGCCCGGGGAGCGGCGCAUAGCCAACCUUCUGCACAACCUGGCCCACGCCGCCUCCCCCAAGGUCUAUAGCCAGUACCUCAGCGACCUGGAAGACGUGGCCCCCCUGGAGUUCCUCCGGUACUUCCUAGAGACCUGGCAUCCGUACAAAGGCACCUGGGCUGCCUGCUGGGCCUACUACCGAGGGGAGAGCUGCCCCUUUGUGGACCACCUCGAGGCUCACCGGCAGAAGCUGCUGCCCGCCCUGACCCGAGACACCUCCCUGGCGGGCUCUGUCCGGGGCUUGCUGGACCUCCAGAGCCUGCCCGUGGAACUUCAGGGGCUGCAGGCCGAAGAGGUGGCCGAGCGCUACCAGGCGGCGGGGCCCGGGGAGGCGGCCGCCCUGGCCGCCGAGGAGCUGGCCCUGGCCCGCCACGGCGGGGGCAUCCGGCCGGCCGAGGGGGGGGGCUUUGUGCUGGAGGGGACCGUGCGGGGAGCCUCCUUCACCGUGGGCGCCGACCUGGCCUCCUGCAGCUGCUCCAUUUUCACGGCUGGCCGCCGGCCCUGCCGCCACAUUUUCGCCGCCCGCCUCUGGGCGGGGAAGGCCCUCUUUGACAUCAGCCUUCUGCCCCCCGUGGGUGGCGACGAUGGGUAAGGGCCUUAGUGGGCCCAUGCUGGGGCUUCGUGCAGGCUCCUGCCCUAUGGAGGCAGAGGAGGAGGCUGGGGCUUUGCCUUCCUCCGGCGCCCGUUUGCUGGCCCUCAAAUCUGUGCCGGCCGGGGAUGGGGGUGCCCGCCAGGCUGGCAGGGUGGGCGCCCACCACGGAGGCCGGGGGAGAGCAGGGCAGUCUUGUAUGUCUUCUGGCAAGAAUAAAACGCAUUCUGUCGGCUGUUCUACCUCCUCCGAGUUGGGCCGCUUUUUUGAGGAAAAUGGUGGUUGGAUCUUGGCCUUGUGAGUUGUGUGAUGGAGGUGAGGUGGCGUAAAUGAUAACAAGGGCCGGAAACCCUGAGAGAAAACUGCCCUCUUGGGCUUCCUCAGCUUGGUCAGUCCGGUGUACCUUUUAAACACCUACUGUGUGCAGAGCCAAGGGCUCGGUGGUCCUGGGAGCAGAGCAGGGUUUGGAUGUGACCUCCCAGAGCUCACAGGGGUGGGAGGUCGGGGGACCGUGGGGACCUGCCCGAUAGAGAAGCACAGAGUGCCAGGCAAAGUGCCCCCUUACUCUGUGGGCAGGGGGAGGAGAGAUCAUGGAAAACUUCUCGGGGAGGGCCCGUGAGCUGGUCACCAGAGGAUGGGCAAAAGUGGAGGGGCAGGCAGCCAGUGAGCCCUGCUGGGCGUGGGGGAAGGAGACUCAGGCGCACGUGGCCGAAACUUCUGCUGACCCGUGGCCGAAUCACAGGGUCAGAGGCAGAAGUGGCCCUCGAGGCCGUCCUGCUGAAUCCCUGCAUUUUGCCACCCAGGGGGCUGAGCUCCUGCCUGCUUUCAGGGAUUGACUGAAGGUCACUCGACCCAGUGAGUUCACCCUGAGCGCUUGGAUCCAGUCUCAGAUCCAACACACUUGCCUGAUCCCUGGAGGGCGCUGGUCUUCUUUCUCCUUGGUGAAAUGGAUAGGCAAGUGGGGUUGGAUAGGGCUUUUUAGGCUUUUUGAGUGCCAGUGGUGAAGCUUAUGGACCCAUUCUUAAAAUAAUGCUGUUGAUUUGCUAGUGGUGUUUUUUCCACUUAGAUGUCAAUACAUUUUUUUUUUUUUAACAUUCAUUUAAAAACGUUUUUUGAGUUCCAAAUUUCCUUCCUCCCUCCCCUCCCCCUCUCUAAAAAGGUAAAAAUUUUAAAUAGGUUAUCUUCAUGUAAUCCUGUCAAAAUAUUAGUCAUUUUAUGAAAGAGAAACUGAUCAAAAGGAAAAAACCAUGAAAAAAGAAAGCGAAAGGUAGAAUGUUUCCAUGUGCAUCCGGACUCCGUUUCUUUCCCUAUUGGGGGAAAGAAGUUCUCAUUAUGAGUCUUUUGGAAUUGGCUUGGGUCAUUGUAUUGCGGAGAAGAGCCAAGUCCUUCACAGUUGGUCACCGUACAAUGUCGUUGUCACCGUGUACGUCGUUUUCUUGAUUCUGCUUCACUUUGCAUCAGUUCGUGUCAAUUUUUCCAAAUUUUAGAAUAUUGUUUGUAAAUGCAAAAACAAAACAAAACCCAGCAUUAUAAAGAAAACUAAUUAUACUGAAAUCUAGUUAUCAGGAUAUUUGUUAGAAAGUUGAGGGACUUAAGAACUAAGAAGGCUUCUUUAAAAUUUUUCCUCAAUUACAUGUAAAAACAAUUUAAAUUUUUUU